UUCAAAAGAAUCUAAGCUUUUAAACGAUACGAUUACUUACUUUUUAUGAAUUCGUUAACCACGUAUCAAUUUUAAAUUAGAAAAAUGUCAAAACAAAUACUCUCAUUUCAAAUCGGGCAGUGUGGAAACUCAAUUGGGCUGCAAUUUUGGCAAAACAUGGCUUUGGAACAUGGUUUGAACUUGGAGGGCCAAAUUGGACCUUCAAAUUUUCUACAGGGAAUUGACAACAAGAAUAGUUUCUUCCAUGAGUUAGACUCUGGGCUACUAGUCCCACGAUGUAUCAUGCUAGAUCUAGAGCCUCGAGUCAUUCAUAACAUACGUAAUUCUGCGUGCAGGAAGCUAUUUGAUGCGCAGAACAUGUUCAUCGGGCAGGAUGGUGGUGGAGCAGGGAACAACUGGGCUACAGGCUUCAACCAAUCUCAGAAAUACAAAGAGAUUCUUUUAGAUUUGAUUCAGCGUGAGACAGAGACAAUGGAUUGUCUUGAGGGAUUUUUAAUUACCCAUGCUAUUUCAGGAGGAACAGGAGCUGGUAUGGGUUCUUCCGUAUUGGAGCUCCUCACUGAGGUGUAUCCCAAAAAAACUAUACAAACGUACAGUGUUUUUCCAACCUCUGUAAGCCAAGUGUCUGAAUCGGGAUUGAAGGAAGGUCAGUACACGGACGUGGUUAUAGAACCUUACAAUUCAUUGCUUACACUUAUGAGAUUGACCAACUAUGCGGACAGUGUUAUAGUAUUGGACAACUUGGCUUUACACAAUAAAACAUCAAAAUCUAACUUCCUCCCCCUUCCAUCUUUUGCUAAUAUCAAUAAAGUCGCUUCCGAUGUAAUGACAGCUUCUCUAGGCCCAAUCAGAUACCCCGGCAUGAUGUUCAACUCACUGAGUGAGGUGGUACUUGCCCUCACACCUGCUCCUAAAUUUCACUUCCUCAUGACUGGGUACACACCUCUCAGGUCUUUUAACUCACCAGCUUCCGUGAACGUCGUCAAAACGUCAAUAGAAUCAGUGUUAAGUCAUCUGGGAAAGAUGAAUAAUAUGUUAGUUUCUAUCAAAUAUCCCAAAAUAUCUCGUCACGGUUAUAUUUCUGUUUUUAAUGUUAUCCAAGGAAAUAGUCAUAAAGAAAAUCUGGGAGUGUUGAAAAAUAGUCGCCAAGAGUUUUUACAGAAGGCAAGUUAUCUAGCUUGGGCAAAGCCCAUGUCUCUGUACCAGACAACAUUAUGUCCGUGGUCGCCCUACCAAACUCAUCCCAAUCGUGUGUCAGGGCUCAGUAUGGUGAACCAUUCGGCCAUUGUCAGCUUCUUCUACAGCACACUUACACAGUUUGGCAAGCUCUACUCACGUAAAGCCUAUAUAACACAGAUGAUGAGUCUUUCUGGUUUCGAUGACCUUGAAAAUGAACUGGAACUUUGUAAGACUUCUUGUGAAGAUCUUAUUUUAGAAUAUGAGUCAGCGUUAACAAGUAAUUAUUCUAGUAAUAUGUCCAACUGACUGAAAUAUGCUCUACAAAGUGUGUAAAGGUGUUUUGGUUGUCCGUAUAGGCCUAAGCACGGUAUGUACAAUAGAGGCAUCAUAGUUAGUCUAAAAAUUCAGUAUAAUAUAUUCUGCAUUCUUUGCAUUUUUCUGAAUUAAAACAUGUAAACAAUAAAAAAUUUCACUCCUAAUAUAUAUUAUAACUCUAAUAAAUA